AUGGCGGACAUCCCGACAGACGAGCUUGUGCAGUGGCUGGACUCUCGGAGGACCGGAUCGGUUGUGUACGUUUCAUUUGGAAGCAUGGUUAAACUUUCUAAAGAACAAACAAAGGCCUUGGCGAGAGGGCUAGAAGGUAGCAAACAACACUUCGUUUGGACUAUCAAAGUUAUGGAAUCCGGGAGCUCAGGAAAUGCAGAAUUUCUUCCAGAGGGCUUUGUGGAGCGAACGAAGGACCGAGGGGUGGUCAUAUGGAGCUGGGCCCCAAAGCUUUUGAUUCUUUCCCAUCCUUCCGUAGGGGGCAUUCAUGAGCCACUGUGGGUGGAACUCUACGCUUGA